UUCAUAUAUCCGAGGCUGUGACUUGCGUUCUGGACUCAAUUGACUGGGCUAGACAGGGAGGCGAGGCCAAUCAGAACCCUAGGUCGUUCUACGUGUUUGCGCGUCUUUGGUCCGAUCAAUAAUUCGCUACCCUUAAUCAGCAUUAUUUUCACAGUUAUAACAAUUGGCGACGGGGUGAAGAAAAGACACAAUCCAAAGUCAUUCUGUAAUUGGACGAAAUCCAGUCUAAUUAUUCAACCAAUCAGUAUCCAGUGUCCUUGAACCACAUUGGUCAUUAGUCAUACAGUAAUUUUCAUCACAGGUGCUGAUUCGAAAAAAUGACUCUCCCCUCCGAUCGAUUACAGCUGCUCUUUGAACGACAUUUGGAGUUAUUAGUCAAAUUCCGCACGCAGCUGCUAAAUCACUCAUGCUAUGAAGACGCGACGGAAGUGGAUGGAUUGAUAUCUGAAAUACACAGUGAGCUGGAAAAUGACAGCAGCCUCCAUGAAUCCUCGGUGAACUGUACUUCAAACGAAACAGUCAUCCAUCAUGCGCCCAGUGGUCCAGUACUUUCUAUUCCAGAAACAUGCCCGGUAAUGGAGUCAAACUCCGUCAACACCGAAACAGCAUGUGCAGACAGUAACAUAUCCAGCUCACGAGAAGAUCUCAUUGUUUUGCCAGAAAAUGUGUUUCACGCAUCAAAUAAUAACCAAGAACCUGGUACAGUUUUGUUGGACGCCGAUUAUCAUAAUGAUCCACUACUUACUAAAGAUUUAAACCCUAAUGACCUCAGAUCUACUGUCGCUGAUCCUCACCAUCUAGUCAGUCCUAGUGGACUCUCUACUCAACGCGGGAAAUAUGCUUCAAAUAGAGUCACACUAACUGUUCCUUGGGUAUAUGAGGACCCAACAUUAUUUCGAGGGGGAGGAUAGACGCGAGAAAAAUUUAAAAUUCGGACAUCAACUCCGGAUCUCCAAAAAAAGGGAGGUGUUGGGAUAUUCAGGAAAAUAUCCCAAAAAUUAUCCUGUUAAGCCUAAUGCUAUCCUUGGACAUGAAAUGGUAUCAUCUUAUUGGUCAAUAUUUAUUUGACGUGUUAUCUUCCUGUUGGCCAUUAUUGUACAAUGUUAUCUUCUAUUUUAUGGUACGUUGUGGACUGCUUGAAUGGUAUAUAAACAAAGCAUGUUUGAAAUAUAAUGAUUCAUAUAUCCGAGGCUGUGACUUGCGUUCUGGACUCAAUUGACUGGGCUAGACAGGGAGGCGA